ACAAGGCUGAAGUGAAUUAAGGAGGUUACGAGGAGAGAGAGGGAGGGAGAGAGAGAGAGAGAGAGAAAGAGAGAGAGAGAGAGAAAACCCUGAUGUGCACCGGAGUAAAGGGGAGUAUCCCGAGGUGAUGAGGAGAGAGAGGGAGCGUACAGAGGACAGGAGAGAGGGAUAAAUAGCAGAGGAGAGGAGGAGACGGGACACGGGCAGCUGCAACCGGGGACACCUGCAUACAUCAAGAUAACGCGGGAGUUUAAUCUCAAUUAGAUGACAGUCUAAUCAGCGGUGCUGGUGACUGCGCCAAAACGCGCACUCAUUGGGGAUUUUCUCCGCCUGCACGUCUAACUUUUCUUUUUCUCCGCUGACCCCGGCUCGCUGGGUCGUACCGAGGCUCUCUGCACAUCACUCGGAUCUCGACUCGGAUCUCCUGUAUUACUGCAAACCGGAUCGGGUGUCCUUAUCUGUGAUGGGGGCAGCAGCCGAGGUUGGGAGCUUCGGCAACGGAUUUCUGGACAGCUUUGGUCUUGCGGGUGCCGCUCCGGCUCCCGUUGGCUCUCAUUUCGUUCUCACCCCAGCCGGGGCGGUGGACUACAACUCGGUAACCGGACUGAUGAUGGGGGGACAGGGGCAGCAGCAGGAACACAUAGUGUCCGCGGAAAGACUGUCCCGGAGCCUGGCGGACCUCAGCCAUCUGAAGGGGAUUCUGAGGCGGCGGCAGCUCUACUGCAGGACCGGCUUCCACCUGGAGAUCCGUCCCGAUGGCACGGUGCAGGGCACGAGGAAGGACCACAGCAGAUUCGGUAUUCUGGAGUUCAUCAGUCUAGCUGUGGGACUGGUCAGUAUCAGAGGGGUGGACAGUGGCCUCUACCUCGCCAUGAACAGCAAGGGAGAACUGUACGGAUCGGAGAAACUGUCAGCAGAAUGUGUUUUCAGGGAGCAAUUUGAAGAAAACUGGUACAACACCUACUCCUCCAACAUCUACCGGCACGGAGAAAAAGGUACAUUUUACUUUGUUGCUCUGAACAAAGAUGGGACGUCCCGUGAUGGAACGAGGUCAAGGCGGCAUCAGAGGUUCACUCACUUUUUACCGAGGCCUGUAGACCCGGAUAGAGUACCAGAGCUGUACAGGGACAUACUGGGCCAGAGCUGAGACUGAUGGGGUGUUUCUUUGACCCUGUCAGAGCUGGUCUGAGCUAAAAAGCAAACCCAGUGCACCUAAUCUUCUUCUUGAGGAAGAUGGGAGAUCUUGUUGAUCUAGACAAAACAGGAUCAUAAAAAGUGCACCAAAUCAACACUCCCCAUCGCUGGAAUGGAGGAAGGGACCAGACCUUCUUUAAACCAGACUGCCCGUGGAGUUUGACAGAGCACCAAGGAUCUUCUGUGGAAGAUGUGAAGGCCCCUUUACAGACACAGAGGCUACUUUGACCUUUCUAUUGGACUAUGCAGAGGCCCUGGUGGCCAAGCAGAUGUUCUAUGGAUUUCUUUUGAGUUUCCACUAAUGGAAUCCAACUACCUGCUAGUCCAAACUGCAUGUUCAAGAGGACAAAAGUGUGGAACUCAUAGUUGAAAUUAACACCUGGCUGCUUUAUAGCUUUUUACUGCUGUGGCUGUUGAGUCUUGUCAUUUUCACUGUUUUCAGUAGGGCUUUUUAUUUCAUUCUAAACACUACUGUGGCUGCUAUGUAAACGAUUUAUUGAAAUGCAUAAUCCAGUAUACAGAGUGGCUGGUUUACACUAAAAGGUAGUUUCAUGCACUGGAAAGCAGCCGUGUUUGUUCUGGGAAGCGGGUGUGUAUCGGGCUGACUGUUGUGAUGACAUGGAUGGAUUCUCCUUGAAACUGCCCCAAAGACAGAAGCUGCUCAGAAAAUGUGCAUGAGGAAUAAGAGAAGAACAGGCCCAGAGGGCUUUUAUAUGGACUUCCUCUGUGGUGUCCCGUGGCGGAACACUGUGCGUUCUGGUGGAACUCUGGAGACUCAGUCUGGAACCCAGUGAAGGAAUUCUGUUGUUCUCCCACUGACUGCACGGAACCGACAAAGACACCUUUACAAACAUGUUGACAGAUUUUAUUCUUAUUUAUGAGGUUUUGUUAUCUAGGACAUACAGUAUAUUUAUUUCAUAUAUUUAUUUAUUUUGAGAAUAUAUUUUUGCAGGUAUGAGAUAAAAUAAAAUAAAAAUAUCCAGAACAAGCCAUGAGAGGUUAUUCUUGUUUUGUUGUUUUUGGUUUGUUUUUUGCAUCAUCACAGCAUAUACUUUUAUUUUGAAUUCUGCCCAUCUGACCAACUGUGUUUACAACUGGAAACUGUAAAAUGAUAGGUUUAGCUGAAAAUGAGUCACAUAGAUCAUUGAUGAAAAAAACUCUCUUCACAGUUAAAAACAGCAAAGUUUCAUUUUACUGCCACAAGACCUGUUAUCUGUAUCUGUACUGAUUUGACUGAUGAGAUCUGCUUGUUAACAAACACAGAUCAAAUUGUUCAUUACUUCAUCAUUUAUGUGGUCCCUAACCUUAAUGCCAGUGUCCAAAAGAGUUAAUGUCUUCAAUUUGCACUUUGGAGAUUUUGUAUUGCACUUCAGUAAAGUUGGGGAAUUUGUAAGAGGCUGAUUAAAAAAAGAACUCUUCAAGUCAUUGCAGCAGAGACAGUGAUAUGCUGACUAUUAUUCAAGUGUCAAAAACACUAUUUACCAAAAAAAUGGCAUAAUUCCCAUGAUGUGCAUUGCAGACUUUCCAUAUCCUGUUUUUGAGAAAUCGAAAUGGGACUGCCCUGGUUGACAGUGCCCAUUAAGUGUGUUUAAACCAAGACAUUGAGAUAAAACGUUUCACAUCUAAGAUUUGCAGUGGCCAAUUCACAUAAAGCAGCAUGCAUGACCUCCACAAGAGCAACACACCCUUAUACAACCAUAUGCAUCCUACUACUCUUCUUUUGGUCUUGCAGCUGCAGAGGGCAACCUGCAGCAACACCAUGAAAUAUUAGACAACUAACACAAACAAGCUGUUGGGUUUCUCUAUACUGCAAGAACAGUGAUGUCUGAAAACAACUGUAUGUAAAUGUUAAAAAGAGAACAUCCUUGUCUAAUCAAACAAAUAAUAAAGAAUGGGUCCAUGUCUAUCCAAAUCUGUUAACACAUGCCUCAGUCCUAAAUUUACUUAUGCAAGUAGCUGUUGGUGAAAAGGACUGUGGGCCACCAGUAUGACUACCUUGUUAAAGGGUAGAUAGUGCUACAACAUAAGAUAGCACCAUCUAGUAGCUCACAGCUCAAAUUAUAUCCAAUAAAAAUAGAGACCCAGGUUGCAUGCUUUGCUUUGUCUCCCGACACCUUAAAGGACCUUUCUUUGUGAUACCAUGAACUGAUCCUUAUGGUAAAGUUUAUUUUCCAGGCUCAGUUCCAGUUACACACCUCUGAAGCUGGACUACCUUGCAGAUACUACAGACUCCUCCAUGUUCUACAUAUAUGACAUUAAAACUUCCUUUGAUUUCCAUCAAAUCUUUUCAAACUUAAAA